AUGGCAUCUGCUGCUGCUAGGUCCUCAUUGCUAUACGAAGUGCUGGGCAUCCCGACGAGCGCGAGCGGCGGGGAGAUAAAGGCAGCGUACUGCCGGCUAGCGAGAAGGUGCCGCCCAGAUUUGGUGUCCGUGAGUCGGAGGGAGAUGUCGGCCGACCAGUUCAAGAAAAUCCAUUCCGCAUACUCCACGUUGUCGGAUCCCGAUCAGCGCGCCGAUUACGACAGGGAUCUCCACAGCCACCGCCGCCGUCCUUCUGUGUCUUCGUUGCUUAACUUCGAUUCGGCCCCCGCGCCCGGUUACUCUGCAGCUUUUUACGGCGGCCGGAGGAACUGGGAAACCGAUCAGUGCUGGGAGUGUUUUAAUUUUUAUAUGGAAUAUCAGGUGGUGCAUAAUUAUGUUUUGUAA